UUAAUUUGUCUGUCUCUCCAUCUAUCUGUCUGUCUGUCAGACCUUCACGGCGUGGUGUAACUCUCACCUGAGGAAAGCAGGCACUCAGAUUGAGAACAUUGAGGAGGAUUUUCGAGAUGGACUCAAACUCAUGCUGCUCCUGGAGGUUAUCUCAGGAGAACGUCUCGCUAAGCCAGAAAGAGGGAAGAUGAGAGUUCAUAAGAUUUCAAAUGUAAACAAAGCUUUAGGUUUCAUCACUAGUAAAGGAGUUAAACUGGUGUCCAUUGGAGCAGAAGAGAUUGUUGAUGGGAAUGCUAAGAUGACUCUGGGGAUGAUCUGGACCAUCAUCCUUCGCUUUGCCAUCCAGGACAUCUCAGUGGAGGAGACUUCAGCUAAAGAGGGACUUCUGCUUUGGUGCCAGAGAAAAACAGCUCCAUACAAAAACGUCAACAUCCAGAACUUCCACAACAGCUGGAAGGACGGUUUGGGCUUCUGUGCUCUGAUCCAUCGCCAUCGUCCUGAGCUCAUAGAUUACGGCAAACUGCGCAAGGAUGACCCUAUGACCAACCUGAACACUGCGUUUGAUGUGGCAGAGAAAUACCUCGACAUCCCUAAAAUGCUGGAUGCAGAAGAUGUCGUUAGUACGCUGCGCCCUGAUGAGAAGGCUGUGAUGACGUACGUGUCGUGUUACUACCACGCCUUCUCUGGGAAGCAGAAGGCGGAGACGGCGGCCAACCGUAUCUGUAAAGUUCUGGCUGUCAAUCAGGAGAAUGAGCAGCUGAUGGAGGACUACGAGAAACUUGCCAGCGAUUUGUUGGAGUGGAUAAGGAGGACAAUCCCGUGGUUGGAGAACCGGGUUCCUGAGAGCACCAUGACUGCCAUGCAGCAGAAACUGGAGGAUUUCAGAGAUUAUCGUCGAGUUCAUAAACCUCCUAAAGUCCAGGAAAAAUGUCAGCUGGAGAUCAACUUCAACACGCUGCAGACCAAACUGCGGCUCAGCAACAGACCAGCGUUCAUGCCGUCUGAGGGGAAGAUGGUGUCGGAUAUUUCCAGUGCAUGGGGGGGGUUGGAGGGGGCGGAGAAAGGUUAUGAAGAGUGGCUCCUGAAUGAAAUUCGCCGACUGGAGAGACUCGACCACCUCGCUGAGAAAUUCAGACAGAAAGCAGCUAUACAUGAGGCCUGGACAGAAGGGAAGGAGAACAUGUUGAAUCAGAAGGACUAUGAGACAGCAUCUCUGUCUGAGAUUAAAGCUCUGCUGAAGAAACAUGAGGCAUUUGAGAGUGACCUCGCUGCUCACCAGGACCGUGUGGAGCAGAUCGCUGCCAUCGCACAAGAGCUCAAUGAGUUGGAUUAUUACGACUCUCCCAGUGUGAACGCUCGCUGUCAGAAGAUCUGUGAUCAGUGGGAUGCUCUUGGGGUUCUGACUCAGAAACGCAGUGAGGCCUUAAAGAAAACAGAGAAGCUGUUGGAGACUAUUGAUCAGUUGUACCUGGAGUUUGCUAAGAGAGCAGCACCAUUUAAUAACUGGAUGGAGGGAGCGAUGGAGGACCUGCAGGACACCUUCAUCGUCCACACUAUCGAGGAGAUCCAGGGCCUCAGCACGGCUCAUGAGCAGUUUAAAGCUACGCUCCCUGAUGCAGAUAAAGAGAGACAAACCAUUCUGGGGAUCCACAGUGAAAUUGUUCAAAUUGUCCAAACCUACCACGUCAACAUAGCGGGAACGAAUCCAUACACCAGCAUCAACCCCAAGGAGAUCAACACCAAGUGGGAGAGGGUGAGACAGUUGGUUCCUCAGAGAGACCAGGCACUGAUUGAGGAACACGCUCGGCAGCAGAACAACGAGCGGCUACGCAAACAGUUUGCUAACCAGGCUAAUGUGAUUGGACCCUGGAUCCAGAACAAGAUGGAGGAGAUCGGCCGUAUCUCCAUUGAGAUGCACGGCACACUGGAGGAUCAGCUGAAUCACCUGCGUCAGUACGAGAAGAGCAUCGUUAACUACAAACCGAAGAUUGAUCAGCUGGAGGGAGAUCACCAGCAGAUCCAGGAGGCUCUUAUCUUUGACAACAAACACACCAACUACACCAUGGAGCACAUCCGUGUGGGAUGGGAGCAGCUCCUCACCACCAUCGCUCGCACCAUCAAUGAGAUUGAGAACCAGAUUCUGACUCGUGAUGCUAAAGGCAUCAGUCAGGAGCAGCUCAGUGAAUUCAGAGCCUCGUUUAACCACUUCGACCGGGAUCACUCAGGCACUCUGGGCGCUGAGGAGUUUAGAGCAUGUCUCAUCAGUCUGGGCUUCGAUAUCGGAAACGACGCUCAGAAGAGAACAGGGAUGAUGGAUGGAGAGGAUUUCCGCACCUGUCUCAUCUCCAUGGGUUAUAAUAUGGGUGAGGCGGAGUUCGCCCGUAUCAUGAGCAUCGUGGAUCCUAACCGUCUCGGGGUCGUGACCUUUCAGGCUUUCAUUGACUUCAUGUCUCGAGAAACAGCAGACACAGACACAGCAGAUCAGGUCGUGGCCUCGUUUAAAGUGCUGGCUGGAGACAAGAACUACAUCAUGGUGGAGGAGCUGAGGCGCGAGCUGCCCCCAGAUCAGGCGGAGUACUGUAUCUCCCGUAUGGCACCCUACAGAGGGAGCGAUGCCGUGCCCGGGGCCCUCGACUACAUGUCCUUCUCCACUGCUCUGUAUGGAGAGAGUGACCUCUGACCUCCUCACCUCUCACCUGUGUAACAGCCUGCCUGCCUGCCAACACACACACACACACACACUCCUGCUCUGUAGCUGUUGCACUCACUGUGCUGAUCUGAGAUAAGACCCGAGUCCCAGCUGCUUGUUCACACCCUAUGUAGUGCACUAGUAGAAUGAGCAGUAAGGGACAUUUAGUGCACUACAUGGAUUUAUUAUUCAUACUCUGAGGAAUAUUUUGGUGCCUGUAAACUAAGCAGUUCAUUAUAAAUGUUCCAUCUGGAGCAGAGAGUUCAGCAUGGGACUGGACUGUAGUUUCAUUCCCUAUGUAGCACACAUACAGGGAGCAGGGUAUUAAACGAAUCCCUGUGAGUCAUUUAGUACACUACACUUCAGACUGGGAUUUAAAUACUUGAGCUGGAUGUGUGGUGCACUAAAGGAUCAUAUAGGAUUAUAUAUAUAUAUAAACAACACUAU